AUGUGUGACACAGUGACAGAUGGAGGGGGCUGGACAAUUUUUCAACGUCGUGUCACUGGGAUCGUCGACUUCUACAGAAACUGGACGGAGUACAAGAACGGCUUUGGAGAUUACGGCAUUGGUGAUUUCUAUCUGGGCAAUGAAAACAUUUACUGUCUUAGUUUAAAAUAUUUCUACGAGAUGCGUUUCGAUAUGACUUACAAAGGAAACAACUAUUACGCCCGUUAUUCUACUUUUAGUUUUCUUUCAGAAAGUCAGGGUUAUAAAAUAUCGGUCAGCGGAUAUUCAGGCACAGCUGGGGAUUCAUUUUCCAUUUCAAACAACAACAUGAAGUUCAGCACUUAUGACGUUGAUAAUGAUCGGUUUUCCGGUGGUCACUGUGCUGCCGGUUACCGUGCCGGGUGGUGGUACGCGGCGUGCCACGACACAAAUCUGAACGGCGUUUGGGGCAGUUUGCAGUACGGCACUGGUCUGUUUUGGUACGGGAUUACCACAGACUACGACGGCGUGGAUAGCUGUGAAAUGAAGAUAAGACCGGUGCGCUAG